AGAAGUUUCCAGGAAAUGUGUCCCAUGAAAUAUGGAGCUUUUGAUGCUUUGUGUUUGGAUUUUAUCCUCUGUUAUAUUUUGUGUCUUCACUUUGCAGGCCUGACUGGCUACAGUAUUGCCAAGAGGUUUUCCCUGGCAAAUCCCUCUAUGCACCUUCCCUCCAAGCCAUUGCCUCCGAUCCAGAAGAGCUCUCCUUCUAUCAAGCCAAGCAAGAUAUUGAGCAGAGAGCAGGAGAAUGGCAAAAAUAUCACCAGCUAUGAUGAGGACAAUAGAAAAACCCCGGAGCUAAGUUCAGAGGGAAAAGGACAUAGUGUUUCCUUGAUGCCUGUGUCUUCCAGAGUUGGGAAUAUGAAGAAGAGGUCAUUGCUACUGCCUGUAACCCCCCCUAUAUGCAAGGCAGACAACCCAGCCUUUGGCAGUGAGGACGAGGUGAAGGUUGGGCAUGGCUCAGCCUCACACAGAGACCUGACUGAGAGUGGUGAUCCCAAAACCUUUUUCCUGGACACUCCCCAUGUCCCAUUAUGUGCCAAGCUCUUGCCUCCUAUCCAGAAGAGCUCUCUUUCUUCUGAGCCCAGCAAGAUCUGCAAGAAUAAGGAGAAACAUGGGGAAAAUCACACUGCCUCUGAUGACAGCUGUGGGAAUGAGGAAGAAUUGAUCUCAUCAGGAAAAGGAUGUAAGGUUUCCUUGGUGCCUGUAUCUUCCAGAGUUGGGAAUAUGAAGAAGAGGUCAUUGCUACUGCCUGUAAUCCCCCCUAUAUGCAAGGCAGACAACCCAGCCUUUGGCAGUGAGGACGAGGUGAAGGUUGGGCAUGGCUCAGCCUCACACAGAGACCUGACUGAGUGUGGUGAUCCCAAAACCUUUUUCCUGGACAUUCCCUAUGUCCCAUUAUGUGCCAAGCUCUUGCCUCCUAUCCAGAAGAGCUCUCUUUCUUCUGAGCCCAGCAAGAUCUGCAAGAAGGAGAAACGUGGGGAAAAUCACACUGCCUCUGAUGACAGCUGUGGGAAUGAGGAAGAAUUGAUCUCAUCAGGAAAAGGAUGUAAGGCUUCCUUGGUGCAUUCCAGUGAAGGGCAUAUGAAGAGAAGAAGGGGUCACUGGCAGUGCCUUUGAUCCCCCCCAAAACACAAGGCAGCAAGUCCCCCUGUUGGCAGUGCUGCCCUGCUGGACUUCCAGGAGUCCGGGAGAAGAGCUUCUUCUGAGUCUAAACAAAAACCCAGAGGAAGAAGGAAAAGACAGGACCUGGAAUACCUCUGUUCCCAGGGAAACUCCUGGCCCGUUGGGCCUGGAGACUCAUGUGCUGAACCCCGGCCUUGGCAAUGGAGGUCUCAGCUCCCGGCCAGCUCAGGGGACCUUGGCCCAGGAGCCCCCCGAGCAGAGGCCACCGAGCAGCGCUGGCCCCAGGGUCACUGCCAGGGAGGACAAGGUCUGACUGGCUACCCUCUUACCCAGAAUAUUUCUCUGGACACUUCCUAUGUUCCCUUACCCUCAAAGUCCUUGGCUCCAAUGCAGAAGAGCUCUCUUUCAUCCAAGCUCAGAAAGAAGCUACUGACCAUGUGAAGGAUGUUUCAAGAAUAGGAUUUAUAGCAUUUUUAGAAUUCUAUAGAAUUUUAUAGAACAUUUUUAGAAUAGUUACAGAUGUACAUAUGUUCUCAUAGUUUUGAAUAAAUAUGUUUUGAUUGUA